UUUACACUUGCGCUUUCUGUAAGUUUGCCGCACAAUAUUCAGUCAAGCUGUUUGCAACACGUCAGGCAAAGCUCAGUUCAGUGUGUCUAGUCUGCUCGGUCCCAAUUUCCAUGUGGGAGGAGGGUGCGUGUUGUAAUGUCGGUGGGGUGGGCGCACGGGGACUUUGCUGCCUUACCGUCCGUCGUCCUAGUCGAAAUUUACGAAUAUCUCUCGUUCAGGGACAAAUUGAAGGCUUCCUCUACGUGUCGAGCUUGGCGGGAAUGCCUUUUCCACCCGAGAUUUUGGACGACGCUUACGAUCCGCUUAAGCCGCAAGCGAAACGCCUGGCGUCAAGCUGAAUUCCUGGCGAAGAAAUGCGGCCGCUUUGUGCGUCAUUUCACCCUUGAGUUCGACUGCACGAGCCCGCAGAUAGUGCAGCAGUGUAUCGCGAUCAUUGCUUUUCUCGGAGAAAACCGUCAACUAACGUCGUUGUGUCUCCGUCCGACUGCCUGCGUUGUCGCCUGGCCUCUUCGUCUCUGCGAUGCCUCCAAAUGUUCGAGCAAUGAAAACGAAACCAUUACUGUCUAUGACAGGUUCUUUGAGGUAAUCAGGCAAGUCAUCUGCACGUCGUGUCACUUGGAAUACUUCUCUCUCGGAUGCUUGGAGGAUCUAUUUCACCAUUCGGACAGCUUCCUGACGCUGCUAAGCUUGCACCAGCGACGUUCCCUCUCGCAACUACAUCUCGCCAGUGUGAAGGAAGACCCUGACCACUACCCCAUCCCCGAAAUCCACUUCUGGCACUUACAGCAGUUCACAUGCCUGACAGCUCUAAGUAUUGACUAUGAUUAUGUCUGCGACCAGUUGCUUUUGCUCCUGAGUGAACGAGGCUUACUAUUGAAGCUGGUGCUGCAUGUUCAUGGCCUUGAUGACCGGCAGACGGUUUGUGAAGGUUCAUGGCUUGAAUUGAGUAGGCGGUGCCCAAAGCUUCGUGUCACGAUCACCCUUCUGCACACCUGCGAGCCAUGGAGUGCUAUCAAGGGUCUUCUCAAUGCUGCCAUACCAUUGGCCAGGUUUCAGUCCUACUUUAGUGACGGAUUUCGAAGUGAUGUCUUCGAUUUACUCUCUGCACAGUAUGCUGAAACGUUGGAAGCAGUGGCUGUCGUAAGUGCACUCUCAGGUAGUGAAGGAAUUCCUCAACGAACCUUCGCUGUGCGAGCUGAAAGCCCAGUGGUCAUGCUAGCAUGGCGCUGCCAUCGACUAGGAAGCCUUAAAUUGGUUGGACAUGAGAUAGCAGACUUCGACCUCAUCGCCGUAGCACGGUUGCGAGGGCCACAGCUGAAGGAGUUGGUCAUUCCAGCUGACUGUGUCUCGGGGAGCAGCAGCGGAGGGCCAUACUACAGUGAGCUCCGCCUUACUGAUGUGAAACACCUGGAGACAGAAGUCUCCCUGAGCUUACAGCGGACGUGGACGUUGACCAGUUUCCAGUCCCCAGUCCAAGAUGAAAUGGGAGAAAUUCGGAGCUACAUGCGCUCUUUACAAGAGCUUCAGGGUUACACAAGCCUGUAGCUGUGUUUGUGUUGCAGCCACUUGUGGCUUGAAGGCAUUGCCUGACAGUCAUCUGCCAUUUGCUCAUUCCAUGCCAGCCUGUUACCAUGAGGCACCGUGUUCAUCCUAUCUGGUAUCUGGCCAGCUUAUGGCCUCUAGACGGGUGUAAAGUUUACAAGUGGCUGCAUCCACAUGUGCAACCGUUGUUGAAGUACCUGUACAACUUUUAUUCCAUUGGGGAGAGUGCGGUUGCUUUUGUACACAAGACGUCCCCGUGAUUGACGAUAACAUAUUGUUGAACAGCAAAGCAUAUAACGCUCAUCACCCUGUUGAUGCACAGCCCAUAAAAAGGGCUUACUGUUACCCAAGACAUCUCUCAUUUUUGAACCAGUUGUUUUGUGCUGCUCUGCAGCAGUACAUCCAGUGCAUGGACCGCAGGCAGUAAAGUCUUUUUAUUGGGCCACCUGUGAUGCAAAUGUGAUAUUCCUGUUGGCUUUUUACAAGCCAGCAGUGUGGUCUCAAGGUUUUUAAAGUGUGCCAAGUUAGAACAACGCCACUGACACAUGCUUACCAACUAAACACCACACACACAGGACAUGCCUCUCACACCAUGUGACCCAAGGGUCGGCGCAGUGCACAAGUUCCAAGUUGCUGUGUUGCACCACUGACAACAUAGCUACUAUACUGCCCUGUCAACAGGCUUACAAAUGCCAGAGACUUUCUGUUGCUUAACACCACACCUUAAGGUUCCAUCCAAGACCAAACAAUACAACCAACCAAAGCAGAUAUCACUUUUGGCCUGACGUGCCCUUAUUGGUGCCAUCUUCGUGAUCUGCUUUCUGGAGCCAGACAUUUCCACACCAAUGCCAUGGCCACUGUCUUCAGAGAUCUAUAUUCUAUCUGUGCCUCUCGAAUAUCCAAUGCACAGUGCCCGUGAACAUUUGUUAACUUGGCAAGAGGUUUAAUAUAUUUUGACAGCAGAUUUCUUUUAGAUUUGUAACUUUGAGCACAUUGUUAUUUGCAGUGCAUUUCCGCCUAUCGCAUAUUUGAUGCGUGCACACGUUUUGUGCUGUUCUGCGUGCACUUUGUUUUGUGAACACGGCACAGGACGUGCCAUAGUCAACAUCAGUGCUAUAUGUGAAUCUGAUUGUUUUUCAGCAAAUGUCUUGUUUUCAAUCUCUUAAAGGUGCUCAGGACUUGAGCAUAAGUCCUGCGAAAGAUAUGUUUUGUAGCCCACAAAUAAAGACAUUUUAAUUAUGUUA